ACUACGGCGGGAAUUUAUACUACGGGAAAUUGGAAAACUGGCGAAAUUUUCAGUUUAACCAAGAGUUAAUAGCCCAUCUAUCAAAAUUGAAAACGCAGUAUCAUUCAUCAAUCAGAGAAUAUUUUCGAAGGUAUCGAUUUUAUUUGUGAAAUAGUUCUUGAUUAUCAGAGUAAGAGAAGUUUCAUCAUGCCGAAAUGCAAGCCUAAUGUGGAAAAAUCAAAGGAUGAGGCUGAAGAUUCGAAUGUAGAGAAAGGUCGAAUACCUGUCCGAAUUGGGAGAAGGAAGAGAAUAGGACAUAUGAACAAAAUGUUACCUAAAAAUGGGAACGACGACAUGCAUAACUUAUCAGACAUAUUUCAGAAAAUGUUAAAAUUCUAUAUGACCCCUGUGAAUCAGCAACCAGCCAAGCCUCCAGCAACCAAACCACUGACAUUGUUCGUCUCCAAUAUACCCACAGCUUGGAGUUAUGAUGAAGUCAAACAAUUCAUAGAAAAAGAGUGUGGCAGCAUUCAAGAGGUGGAACUUAUGAAAUCACAAGGUCCUGUUGGAACCGUUAAGGUUAAAUUCUUCACUCACAUUCAGCUAAUCAUAGCUAAACACGAAUUGGUCGAGAAGGAAAUUGAUGGAAGAAAAUUAACUGUUGAUGAUGAGAAAGUAGAGGGAGAAAGUAAUGUGGUACAUCCGUCUCCCAGGUAUGUGGUUAUGUUAUAUUUAUAUUUAUUUUUUAUUUUAGAAAGGAUAAUUUUGAUCCCAUCUGUUCUUUUAUUUAUAUGUUGA